AUGGGGGGGCCGAAGAAGGUGAGAUCCUCCAUGAAAGCCGUCCACGAGGCCCUGAGCAACUUCAGGACGGCGGUCGGAGCGCCGCUCUGCCUCCAGCCCGCCAAGACCCACUCCUUCCGGGACCUCCUCACCAGCUUCAACUCCGUCUACUACGCCUCCUCCUCCGCCACCUCCUCCUCUCCCUCGGACCCCUGCACCGUCAGCGCCAACACGGCCAGCACCAGCACUUCCGGCAGCCUUUUCUCCUCCUCCUCAUCCUCCUCCUCCUCCUACUCCAUGGAGAGUUUCUCGAGAGGCGCCAUUAACCCGGAGCGCUUCUUCUUCAACCCUUGUAUCUCCAAGUCCAUAACCGGGGAGCCUUCCCUCGAGGAGGGUCUGAUAGAGGAAGCGGCGGCGGCGGCGGUGGACUCAGCCCUGUGCAGGCGGAGCAUCCCCAUGGCUAUGGCAUCGAUGGACCCUUACAGGGACUUCAGGACUUCCAUGGACGAGAUGGUGGAGGCUCAUGACUUGAAGGACUGGUCCGCUCUCCAGGAGCUGUUGCAAUGCUACCUUCGGCUCAACCAGAAGAGCACCCACAGUUUCAUAUUCGAAGCCUUCGUGGACCUCAUCGUCCAUCUAGCCUCCCAGGGCAAAAUACAGAGGUCGUCCUGCUCCGUCGCACCGCCGCUGGCUCCGCUGCACCCCACCCCAUGUUUUGGCCACUGCCCUUGA